CACAGUCGUUACCGGCAUUAUUAAUCCAUCUUCUAAUUUGGUCUACGUAUUGAUUUAUCGUGCAGUUUACUCGAAAAACUAAAUGAAGGGAUCAGGAUUAUAAGGGACCACCGAACUCACGCGCGGAUUUCUCGCCCCCAUGUUACCGUUUCCUUAAAGAAGUUGCAUUCUACGUGGUAAAUUGAACGCAACGCGGACUCCUUUCGUCAACGUCCCCCCACCAGCGAUUUGAUUGACACUACAGCGGUAAAGCGACGUUUUCUAGGCAGAAUCUUCAACACAUCCCAUAAAUUAAAAAAUAAUAGGCAGGUCAUGAAGGCGACUACGGGUGUUUUGCUUGUCCUGAUGUUGUCCGCUUGCGUGCUCUCAGCGGCCCAAGCGGCCAGGAGCAGAACUAGCAGCCAGAACAGCUUCCGACGGGCGGCCAACGGAGUCUACCAAACGCUGAGCAACGUGUUCGGGGAGGAAAACAUCCGAGGACUCUACAAGUUUUUCUCCAAAGCUACAGAACGCUUCGUUAAUGGCGUGGACUCCUUCCUCGACACGGUCUGGAAGAUUUGGGCUGAUCUCCUUGAUGUAAUGGGCAUUGACUCAUCCAACCUCAGCCACUACUUCAGCCCGGCGUCCCUGAGCGGCAACCCGGCACGCGCCCUGCCCCUGGUGGCCGGCGUCCUGGCGGCCCUGUGGGUUCUCUCAGUGUUCCUGGGCGGCAUCUUCUACGUGCUGCACGCCGUCUUCGGCCGCUUCUUCUGGCUUGCGCGCGUGCUCCUGCUGGCCCUAGCCUGCCUGUACGUGCUGCAGAAGUUCGAAGGCGACCCUGAGCGGGCCGUGCUGCCGCUGUGCGUCAUCAUGGCGCUGUAUUUCAUGACCGGCCCGGUGGGCGUGUACUGGCGGCGUGGCUCCGGCUCGCUGGAGGAGAAGAUAGACCACCUGGACACUCAGAUCCGCCUGCUCAACAUCCGGCUGAGUCGGGUGAUUGACGGCCUGGAGUGUGUGGACGAGUAGUAAAAGAAGAAGUGGCGACGCUCCUUCAAUCAGUGUUCAAACAUCUGAGAAUUUUAUCCGCUUGAAUCUGUCGGCUUGAGUCUGUCGUCCUCAAGAAAUUUAAGGUGGGUUUUUUUUUGCAUGACACUCACUACAGUGGUACUUCAAAAGUUUAUCCCAAAUAUUUGACUAUACAUUCUUCAUGAUUUAAGCGCAAGUGAAAGACUUACUUGCAAGACUUACUUAUAUUCCAAAAAGUAGGGUAGUUUUCUUUUUAUGUUGUGGAAUUUACACAAAACACAAAAAAGUAGUGUUGCACCGAUACCUUAUCGGUACCAAUACGGCACUAAGAAAUAACAUGCUGAUGCCGUGCAACAUGUACUUUUCUAGAUCUAAAAGAUGACUGCCACCUACGUACGCUGCCGUAAAAAAGGAGCGCUUGUCACCCAAUCUCAAGAUGAUGAUAGACGUCCAAUCGUGUGGCGUCCAGUCAUCCUUCUGCUAUCAAGAGUUUAUCACUAGUAGACGCCUAAUCCUUUUGAAUCAGUUUUCGUUCAUUUGCUGCCAACCCGCUAACUUAAAAUGGCUUGGACAUCUAGCGCCAUCAAUGGCACCCACUGAGUAAGAAGCAGAUGCUUUGACAUUGAUAAAAUAAUCUUUUGAGGGGAAAAAAAGCUAGUUAUGAUUUGAUUUUUAUGUCAAUGCAGUGACUUUGAUGGGAGCGUCACCCCUACCAACAUGGCCGCACUGAGGCCAUUUUAAGCCGGAGGGUGGCGGCAAAUGAACGUCUAUUAAUGUCAACGGCAGCCAGUGGGUUAAAGCCGUGUCUGACCAACCAAUGAUAGCAAUGACUUCACAUCCAAGUGAGUAUGUAGUAAUGUAGUAUUUAUUACCUCCCCAAUUUCAACAAACAUGCACUAAGUACAGUAUCGGCAUCGGUGCUGGAAUCACUUAUCAGGAGCCAAUAGUAUCGGUGCAACAUUACAUAGAAUUACUCUUUUUAUGCUUGCUUGAAAAUGUGACAUUUUCUGGUAGAAUUCAACCCCGCAAAUUCCAACUUGGAGGUACCACUGUAUGUUAUUUCACAAAAAAAGGUCAUUUUUUUUAACUGUUGAAAAACAUGAACUCAUUAGAUGUCAUUGACAUCCACUCCUAGACAAAUGAAUCAAUGGCAGCCAAUAAUUUAAAAGUGUGUGUAUAACAUGGCAGCCAAUAUCUUCAUUUGAUUUAAUUUCUGUAAAAAAAAAGUUUUUCUUAUUCUCUAAAUAAGCAAAAUUAUUUGGACAUACCAUCUUACAGGAAGUUUAAAAUUCCCCUUCCUCCAAAUAGCUGUUAGUAAUACUUUAUUAGUCCACACAGUGUGUAUGCAUAUUUGAUAUUUACAUGACUGUAUUUGUACAGGAAUGUCUCCCAUCGUGGAUGCACAAUAUUAUUCUCAGGGACUAAUUGGACAAAACAUUAAGUACACUGAACAAAAAUGUAAACAAGACACUUUUUGUUUUGUUUUUUUGCUCCCAUUUUUUAUGAGAUGAACUCCAAGAUGUAAAAUAUUUUCUACAUACACAAAAUAAAGCCUUUCUCUUAAAUAUUGUUCAUCCAUCCCACCUCACAGGUGUGCCAUAUCAAGAUGCUUAUUUUGUGUAUGUGGAUUUUUUAAAACUCUUUCAGUGCCACUGACAAUGAUGGACAUCCAAUUAUUUUGCUAUUUUCAUCAUUCUGCUGUAAAUUGAGUUCAUCACAAAUAGACGUCCAAUCCGUUUCAACGAAGAGGACUGGGAAGUUCAUUCGCUGCUGGCCCUCCACGUUCAAAUGGAUUGGACAUCCAUUGCUGUUAAUGACAUGUCUUCGUUCCUCUAGCCUGGGGUCGGCAAUCUUUAACACCCCGGACAAAUUUCCUCCGAAAAAACAACAUUACGAGCUACUACUUUUUGACAUCUGAAAUGGUGUGUACAUAUUUGACUUGAAAGCUGAGUUUAACCUUUUAGUAAGCGGAAUAAAUGCUCACUUUUUACACUUACCUAUAUUCGCAGAACACUCAUGCAAGUUCAUGAAUUCACAAACUAUAUAAAGUAAGCGAUGACACUCAGAAUGUGAAUGGCGUGGGGAUAUCAGUGUUGUUUUGGCGACUUUUAAUUUUCGUCUUUGUCUUUUGGCCGAAAAUACUUAUCAGUCCUAAUCAUAUUUUAGUAAUUUCAAAAUGUGUCUAGUUUUUGUCAACGAAAUCUCAAAUUUCAUCUAGUUUUAGUCAACGAUUACUCAAAAUGUUCUGUAAAAAAAAGUUUGAGUCAAAAAAUUUAUUAAAUGGUUUCCAACAAUUUUGAAUGAACAUUUACAGGCAAACAAAUAUUGUAGCAUCUACAAGGACAACACCAACUUAAUACACUCAGCAGGAAAACAGUUCAUUAUUUUCAAUUAAUUAAACCCACCUGGACUUCAUGAACUGUAUGUUUAAAAAAAAAAAAAACUGUCCGAGAGUUUAAGACGACGCUCGCCACGCUAAAUGCUGAAGCAAACAAGUGUGAUGAUCACUCCGUACAGACCAUUAAAGGCUAAAGCAACAUUGCAUCUUGUCUCUUGCCAAGUUGGAAACAAAUAUUACCAUGUGUUUAUAAACAAGCAAGAUGGAGCGCAGCCUAGCUUGAAGCAUAUCUUAUCACCGUUGAUGAUAGGGUGGGGGGUGGCGCAGCACAUUUCACAUGUAUGUGAACACACAACCCAAACACUUACAGUGCAGGAUGGCAUAUUACACAUGCAUUAAGUAAAUGUUACGCAUUGUGAACAUAUGAUAGAAACUAUGUCAAUUUUCGUCUCGUCUCGUUAGACGAAAACUGGCAUUUGUCUCGUUAUUUUUUAGCUCUUCAUCGUCAUGAAAAAAUUGGUCAAUCGACGAAAUAUUUUCGUGAUCAUUUUUGUUGACAAAAACCAAAAUGGUGGUUACACAUUCAGAGUUUACAUACCGGUAGUUAGUGAAUUCAUGACCUGCAUGAGUGAACUAUGUAAAGUCACGGUUGCUACUUGGAAGAUGUACUCACAAGUUUUUGCACCUGUGAAUGGCGCAACAACAGCUAGUUUGUGAAGUUGCUGCAAACAAUCUGCCAUGUUGUAUAUAAUAAUGCCACAACAGGCCAAAGAAACACCACUAAAAGUGAUUAAGUAAAAAAAUGCAUGUAUCGAAUGUUUUUUAAAUUGUCAAAAUUAAUCCCUUUACCUCCCGUGUUGGCUAAACAUUAGCAUAACAUUAGCGUGAAGGAUCGUACAUUGUAAUAGUAACCACAGGAUUUUUUUAUUUUUUUUUUCACAAAUUACUGCACUUCAGUCAAGAUUACAUCCUUUUAAUUUACCAGUGUGAUAUGAAAUGUUUAAGAACAUAACUGUAUAUGGUUUUAUUCCGGCACUGAAGGCAGAUUUUCCUAUUCCCUUUUUUUCCCCCGUCUUUUAAAGUGUCAUUUUAUGAAUUGUGUAGCAGCAGCAGCGUCAAAUGCCCUUUGUGUGUGUGUGGGCGGGGUUAAUAAAAAAUAUAUGUAUGUAUAUAUAUUUUAAUGAUUAUAAUUGCAUAAUGGACUGCAUCGAAUCCCCUGGAGCAGCCCCUGGGUUUAAAUUGCCCGGUUUUAGUUGUAUAUGUGAAAGUAAGCUUCAUUUAGUUGCUGGUGACUUAUUGAUGUUUUACUACUAACAGCAUGUGUUUUCAUGAUAAAGAAUUUGAUGCCUGAAUUUACAUUGAGCUCUUCAGGUAAUCAUGAUGGAUUGGCUGCGAGUGCCGUCAAUGGCAGCCAAAGAGUUAACAAACUGUACGUAAAGCGUUGGAGGAAUACAAAAGUACAUAAAAAUAGUAUUGAUUUGAAAAUACUAAAUAUAGAGAAUGAUAUUGGAAACUGCAGCUUAAAACUAUGUUUAAAAUUAAUAAUAAAAAUGAUAUUUUUUUAAUGUUUCAUUUUUAAUUUUCUACAUUUUUUUUUUCAAAAAUUAAAACAAUUCUUAGAUUUUAUAUUAUUAUUACUUUCAUGUACUUACUAAUUUUCCCAAUACCUAUUUCUUACAUGUAAAUUCAGGCAUUAAGGAGGUAAAAGUCCAUUUCAAAAAAAUUUUUUAAAUGACUGUAUAAUAAAAAUUCAAGCAAUGUUACACUGGAAAAGAGUCAAGUUUACAAUAAAAGGUCCAAUGCAUUUCUGGGAUUUUACAUUGAAGGAAAUAUGAAAAUGCACUGGAAAUUUUUCAAUAAUGUUGAAAUCCUUUUUCCUGAUUGAGAAACGUCUUACAUUGCAUUUAAUGAAUCAUUUGACUACCUUCGCUUUUUCCUGUUUUCCAUACACAGCCUUUUUUCUCAUUUGUGCCAACUUGAAUCCAUUUCAUUUUUUUAACUCAAACUUUAUCCUCAUUUUUUAUAUUGUGCGUAGAAUAGGUCACUUGGAAAGUUUAAAACUGUGAUUCUGUGUUUAUGUGUUUGUGAGAUUAAAUGCAGACAUGCUGAUGGGUAGUAAUUGGAUCUUCUGUUUUUGUCGGGGUGCAUGUUCA